AGUCGCCAAAACAGAAGGAAGAAAAAACAAGAUGGCAUUUGACGAAGAAGGCGUUACUGUGAAUUGAUCUUAAUCGGUACAUACAUGUCGUUUAAUAGAGUAAUCGUCGUUAAUAAGUGUUUGUAUCCGGAUACAUUAGUCCGAACGCACCUUGACGCUUCCCCUGCUAGCUUAGCCUGCUAGUUAGCUUAGCUUGUUAGCCGCUACCAAAGAGACGCGGAAGUGAUCAACACAUUGUUAAGCAGAGAUCAAAUGUAAAGUCAAAAGUGUUGUGAAUGUGUGAAGAUGUGCGAAAGAACGAUAGCAGAGUACAAGGAGGAACUUUCCCCGACAAAAGAGGAGACUGAGCGUCAUCGUCAAGUGUGUGUUGUUUUCAAGGAGCCUAACAUGUUACACAGAGCAGACAUCCAGCAGAUUAUUAGAUGUCAAGAAGAAAGUCUCUCUCUUUCGCACAGAGGAAGCUUCCCUUUGAAGCUGGAGGAUCCACAGCCCCUCCAUUUUAAAGUGGAAAAGGAGGACCCGCAGUAUCAUCAUGUUAAAGGGGAAGAGGAAGAUUCACAGCCCCUCCACAUCAAACAGGAAGAGGAAGAACUCUGGGUCAGAGAGGGAGUGUGUCUUCUCGGGCAACUGACUGUGAAGACUGACGAUCACGAAGACGAACCGCCUGAGUCCUCCCAGCUUCAUCACAGUCCAAGUAAGCACAACAUGCAGAUGUCAUCUAAUACAACGUUUGGAACACAUUUUCACACAGGGUCCACUCAGCAGCCCAACAACAUUAAGAUGGAAGAGGAGGAACCACAUACCCCCAGUUUUAAAGAGGAACCAAUCCCUCAUGUUAAAGAGGAAGAGGAGGAACCACCCACCCAUUUUAAAGAUGAAGGUGAGGAGCCACAUUCCCCCCACCUUAAAGAGAAAGAGGAGGGAGAGUGUCUACUAGGGCAGGAGGAGGCUGAUCCCAUCAAGUUUCCACUGACCGUUGUCUCUGUGAAGACCGAGGACCAUGAAAACAAACCACCUGAGUCCUCACAACUUCACCAUAGUCCAAACAUCCCGCAACUGACUGGACAUCAAAAAGGAUGUGUACCUCCACCACAGGCGGGAAGCUUUGUUUUGGAGCAGCCCCAUUAUUUGAACGAGGAAGAGGAGCAGCCACAGCCCUCCAACUUCAAAGCGGAAAAUGAGGAUUUCUGGAUCACUGAGAAGUUUCCAUUGACUGUUGUCUUUAUGAAGACUGAAGACCAUGAAGACAAACCACCUGAGUCCUCACCUCUUACUAGUCCAAGUGAGAAGAACAAAGCCGUGGAACCUUUAGGCAGCAGCUCAGCACAACACAUGACAACAGAAUCUGGCGGAGACCCCUGUGGAGGAUCACAAGCAGACAAGCUCUUAGCUCCACUGUCAGAUAUUGACAACACAAUGUCACAAUUUAAUGUAAAUAUGGAAUCACACAUGAGAACCCACAUAGGAGAAAAACCUUAUAGUUGUUCCGUUUGCGGUAAAACGUUCUCUCACAAAAGUAAUGUGCAAACACACAUGAGAACGCACACAGGAGAAAAACCCUUUGUUUGUUCUGUUUGUUCAAAAGCUUUUGUUGUCAAAUCUAAUUUGACUUCGCACAUGAGAAAACACACAGGAGAAAAACCUUUCAGUUGUUCAGUUUGUGGUAAAACCUUCUCUUUCAAAGGCCAUGUCAAAACACACAUGAGAACGCACACCGGAGAAAAACCUUUCAGUUGUUCAGUGUGCGCUAAAACGUUCUCUGACAAAGGUCACAUGCAUACACACAAGAGAACGCACACCGGAGAAAAACCUUUCAGUUGUUCAGUGUGCACUAAAACGUUCUCUGACAAAGGUCACAUGCAAAGACACACGAGGACACACACAGGAGAAAAACCUUUCAGUUGUUCAGUGUGUGGUAAAAGAUUGUCUGACAAAUAUGGUCUGAAAACACACAUGAGAACACACACGGGCGAAAAACCGUUUAGUUGUUCAGUGUGUGGUGAAAGAUUCUCUGGCAAAUAUAAAUUUCAAACGCACAGGAAAACACACACAGGCGAAACAUCUUACAGUUGUUCAGUGUGUGGUAAAAUAUCAUCUAACAAGAUAAAUUGUCAAACACACAUUAGAACACACACAAGGGAAAAACCUUUCAGCUGUUCAGUGUGUGCUAAAAGAUUCUGUGACGAACGUAGCAUGCAUAGACACAAGAGAGCACACUCAGAAGAAAAACCUUUCAACUGUUCAGAAUGCGGUAAAAGAUUAUCUGACAAAAGUAGCAUGCAAAGGCACAAGAGAACGCACACCGGAGAAAAACCUUUCAGUUGUUCAGUGUGCUGUAAAACGUUCUCUGACAAAGGUCACAUGCAAAGACACACGAGGACACACACAGGAGAAAAACCUUUCAGUUGUUCAGUGUGCGGUAACAGAUUGUCUGACAAAUAUGGUCUGAAAACACACAUGAGAACACACACGGGCGAAAAACCGUUCAGUUGUUCAGUCUGUGGCGAAAGAUUCUCUGACAAGUAUACAUUUCAAACGCACAUGAAAACACACCCAGGUGAAACAUCUUACAAUUGUUCAGUGUGUGGGAAAAUAUUAUCCGACAUAAGAAGUUGUCAAACACACAUGAGAACACACACAGGGGAAAAACCUUUCAGCUGUACAGUGUGUGCUAAAAGAUUCUGUGACGAACGUAGCAUGCAUAGACACAAGAGAACACACUCAGAAGAAAAACCUUUCGACUGUUCAGAGUGUGGUAAAAGAUUAGCUGACAAAAGUAGCUUGCAAAGACACAAGAGAACGCACACCGGAGAAAGACCGUUCAGCUGUUCAGAUUGUGGUAAAAGUUUCUCUGACAAAUGUCACAUGCUAAAACACCAGAGAACGCACACAAAAGAAUAACGUUUUCUUUUGGGUCCUCUUUGAAUGGACCCAAUAUUUACUAGACAUCUAUUGUAAGACUUCUCUGAAGUCCGGCUCCGGUCCAUAUUAAGCCACUUAGCCAGCCCACCUCAUGUUAUGAAUUGCAAAACACUCAAAUUUAUUUGUAGUACUGGCAAAACUAAAUCAAUAUUUUUUUUGCAAUGUUAGAUACAACGUUUUUAGAGAUCAGUCACAGUGAUGUGCAACUUGCUCAAAGUUAAAUUUAAGAUUUACUAUAUUAUUUCAUUUAAGAAUACCAAAGAUUAGCUUAUGUUACCAUUGAACAUAUAUUUUAAACGUCUAUAUUUAUUCAAAUUAUUAAUUAUAUUGAUUAGCAAAACACAUGCCGUAUUUUCCGCACCAUAAGGCGCCCUGGGUUAUAAGCCGCGCCUUCAAUGAACGGCAUAUUUCAAAACUUUGUCCACCUAUAAGCCGCCCCGUGUUGUAAGCCGCAUCUAACUGCGCUAAAGGAAUGUCAAAAAAACAGUCAAAUAGGUCAGUCAAACUUUAAUAAUAUAUUAAAACCAGCGUGAUGUGGGCGCGCAUGGAAUCGUAUAUCAACAUGGACGGAGCUGCGUGAAAAAAGCCACCCGGCCUCUUCGCGUAAACUUAAACUUACCUUAACCACUCGCUCAUCUUUUCUUCAUCCAUCCCUUCGAGUUAGCUUUUAUGAUGACGCCGGCUGGAAAGGUCUCUUUUGGCAAGGUCUUCCUUUUGAAUAUCACCAUGGGUGGAAGUUUCUGGCCAUUAGCAUGGCAAGCUAGAACCACAGUGAAGGAUGACUUCUCAUUCCCUGUGGUGCGAAUAUUCACCGUACGUGCUCCCGUUGUAUCCACAGUGCGGUUCACAGGAAUAUCAGUUGCUGUGAAAUAGUAAUCCGUGUGCGGAUGGAGAGAUUGCGUCUUUUCAUGAACCGGAUCCCUGUCGCUUAGUAGGAGCCCUUUUGUGGUCUUUACAGAUGUAAACACACAAAGGAAAUGAAACGUACGGUAAUAUCCGCGCGCUUUUUCUUCUUCUACGCGGGCGGGUGGUUGCUUACAGUAGAAGAAGAAGCGCUUCCUGUUCUAUGGGGGCGGGUGCUUACCUUGGCGGUUGCUUGCGUAGAAGAAGAAGCGCUUCCUGUUCUACCGGGAAAAAAGAUGGCGGCUGUUUACCGUAGUUACGAGACCGAAACUUUAUGAAAAUGAAUCUUAUUAUUAAUCCAUAUAUAAAGCGCACCGGGUUAUAAGGCGCACUGUCAGCUUUUGAGAAAAUUUGUGGUUUUUAGGUGCGCCUUAUAGUGCGGAUAAUACGGUACACAAAAGCAGCAACUAACUAUUUGUUGUUAUGAUAGAAUAUGCAAACUGACUGUGGUUGUGUUUGGCCCUGUUCAGCAGAAUCUGAUUGGCUCCUUUUGUAAUUUGGCGGGCUAUUAGAGGAGCAGAGAGUUGUGAAAUCUCAGUUUGGCAUCUGUUCUCCCGUCCACACUGGAGAGCGCCAACGUUAUGAGUCGUCGGUCCAAUGAAUGUGAAAUGUGCUGUUCAAAAACACUUUUAAUAAAGUUGGAAUAAAUAAGAAACAUGUCAGCAUUGCUGCUUUGUCCUCCUACCAGAAAGUACUUGAUUUGUGCUAUUUCAUCAUCACUUUAUGUUGUGAUCUUUUUACAGCAUUGUAAUAUCGAUGUGUCUUUUUAUUCAUUUUAUUUUAUAUGGAAAAAGCAACAAUUAUGUUCAAUGUUCAAUACGUGCUUUUGUAUUUUUACUGUUUUUGUAUGUGUAAACUUAAGCAUUUUAUAUUAAUUUGAUGUUUUAUUUUGGUAAGUGACUAAAACUACAUCUGUUUAAAGGGGAACAUUAUCACAAUUUCAGAAGGGUUAAAACCAUUAAAAAUCAGUUCCCAGUGGCUUAUUUUAUUUUUCAAAGUUUUUUUCAAAAUUUUACCCAUCACGCAAUAUCCCUAAAAAAAAGCUUCAAAGUGCCUGAUUUUAACCACCCGUCCAUUUUCCUGUGACGUCACAUAGUGAAGCCAACACAAACAAACAUGGCGGAAAGAACA